UCUCAGAAGUGUUAAAACAUUUUUGAAGCACUCUGUAAUGCGUCUGCAAGAAGAGCACCCAACCUCCACCGCUCCCCACGAAGCGAAUCUAGAAACCUCCUUGGAGGGGAGGGUAAAGGCGGAUUAAGCUCUGAAAUGUCAAGCUUUUAAAGUUCAAGUUUAUUUUGUUCGGCCAGGUGAGAGCUCAAAAGAGACUAGGAUGAGUCUCGCUUGCAAGAAUCACCUGGAGCAUUAAUCUGCCAGUACGGGGCGAUGAUUGCUAUAUAUGGUGCCGAGUGCCCAUUGAGUAAUUUAACAGCAACAUAGAUUAAUACAAAUUUUCAACUUUUAUAAACAUUCAUACAAAAAAAUCCCAUAAUUGUCUGCAGCCUUCAAUUAAAAAUGUGCUUUUGAUCCAUCAGGUUAUUUGCUUUCCAAAUCAAUAACUUGACGUUGUCAAGCAGAAUUUGUUUAAGCAAGCAAACUCUGGACCAGUUUCAACAUUUUGAGUAUUAUCAGCAGUCAGGCGUGUUAAAUAUAUACUGCUGGUUUACCAGAUGUUAUUGACAAGGGUACGUAUUCCGUAACGUACUAACUUGCACAUUCACCUCAAUUAACCCUCCUAUACAGUUUUCGCUUAUAAGUUCGCAAAGUUUCAGUCAACGUCGACGCCGCUGCCAAAUAAAGUCUCGCAGCCGCUCCGCUGUCGUUGACGCGAAUUCCUCCUCCCGGCCCUCGGGGCCAGCGUUGGCCGAGGCCGUGGGCUGCCGAGCGGCCAUGGCGAUGGAAAACUACGACACGUUGCAGCUGCUGGGCACGGGGCGAGCGCGGGACCUCGCCACCCUGGACUGGCACGCCACGCGCCUCCACGCGCUCGCCAUCACUCAGCUCAGCUUCAAGGGGCUGAGCGCCCACUUGCGGAGGUUCUCUACCCAGUACGACUACCUCCUCGCCUUCAAACCCAUGGCGCAGUGGGACUUCAAGGGACACUCUCGCCUCUCCGACAUCCAGCCGCACAUCGCACAGAACGUCAUCAUCUACGGCGUGCCCUUCGUGGACCACAGCAGCCGCUCGGAGCUCAAGAGGUUCGUCCAAUGGCUGAGGCCACGGAGCCUGGUCCCCGUGGCACCGGCGACGGCCCGCAGGAGCGCUGCCGCCUCGGAGGCCAUCCUGCGAAAGUGGCUCUCCGACAUCGGAACGUUUCCCGCUCGCCCGACAUCGAACCCCUGAGAGGGGACGGCGGUCUGCGAGACAAGGCGCCCUUCUCUCUCUCGCUUGGUCUUGUGCUUGUUUCUGUAUCUUUCCGGCUUUCGAUUUGAAUUGUUUUGUUUGAGAUGGCCACACUCACGCGCACUGGCCGAAUAACUUUUGUGGUGCUUAACGACAAAAAAGAAACGUGGGUGAGAGUGGGCCCCAGUAACGGGCAUCAGUUGUGAAUGAUAGAAUGGCACGUUCAGUUUAAUAAGGAAUCAAAAUGUCCAAUUAGGUUUUCACUCCACUUCACACUUGCCGUAGAAAAAAAUGUCAAUCUCACGUCUUUUUAGUUGACAACAAUAAUGCUCGCUGCAAAUAAAAUGUUUUGACAUAUCACCCUGUUGACAUUAGCUUUCGAGACAACUAUAAUGAUGACUUAAAUUAAUAGUGUCCAAAUACAAAGCCAUCUCCAGCUGCGGUACCGAGACACUACAUAAUAUACAGAGUAAAGGGCAAACUAAUU